CAAACACUUAAUCUGGUCACCGAUGGUCGACCCAAAACAAACCGCAAUACCAAACCAUUUGAUCAUCGGCGAAACGCAUUCCUUCAAGUCAGGCAUGGCUACUACGGCUACUCCUUCGUCGUCACCAACCUUGAUCUCCUCCCUUCCAGAUAUCCAGGCUUUCCUCUCCUCGAUACCUCCUUCGAGCACUUUCUACCUGGAUCUCGAGGGCAAAAGUCUCAGCCGCAACGGAACCCUCUCCCUCCUGACCGUGCUCGUCCACCCCGCACGAACAACAUGGAUUAUCGACGUGCAAACCCUCGGUAACUCCGCCUUCAGCACCCCCGGCGCCAGCGGAAAGACCCUCAAGGCCAUCCUCGAGGAUCCCGACACUCCCAAACGCCUCUGGGACGUACGCAACGACGCGGAUGCCCUCUGGGCGCACCACCAGGUCCGGCUCGCGGGCGUCACAGACGUGCAGCUGCUCGAGAAUGCCUCCCGCGUCGCAGACAAGACCUGCCUCCACGGGCUUGGCAGAUGCAUCGAGAAUGACCUGCGCCUGAAGUUCACGGAGCUUCAUCGCUGGCUCAAGACCAAGAAGGAGGUCCAGGCCCUGAUGGCCAACGACAUUUUCAGCCGCCGCCCUCUCGAUGCCAAGACGAUGCAGUACUGCGUCAACGACGUCAUGUACCUGCCCGCGCUCCGUAACCUCUACGCCAAGCGCAUUACCAGCGAGUGGAUGGGGAAGGCGAUGGAGGAGAGCGCGCGUCGUGUGGUCGAAGCCUGCGGGCCUGCGUACAUGCCGCAGUCGGACAAGAAGAAGUUGGGGCCUUGGGGCUCGGGGUUGGGCAGGAACGUGUUGGAGACGGAAGACCAGCUGGAGGACGAGCUGAUGGAGGCAAGAGCACAAGAUAUGUUGCCCGUAGACGACGAGUUCGACAACGCAAUGAUGGAGGCAAGAGCACGAGAUAUGUUCCCCGUAGACGACGAGUUCGACAACGCAAUGAUGGAAGCAAGAGCACGGGAUAGGUUGGGCUACGACGACUUUGACAAUGACGAUUACGACUUCGACGACGAUGGUCCUGUAAACUCUAGAGACGUUUGACAGUUGCUGGGAGAAAUGAACUGGGACGGGCUCAUAACCGCGUUGAAUGUACCUCUAUGGCAGUAGUGGGUUGACACCCGACGGCCAACAACAAUUUGUGCUUGAAGAAGGAGAAAAUCCGGCGGGAGACUUGCAAGCUAUUGACAAGGUUCUUACCAUGGUGACAGCAAUGUCAGUUGACUCUUCAGGUGCUAGAGUUGGUGGUUACGCUGCGUCCCCGUGGCUACGUACGGGCAUGUAAUCACAUAUAGAGCAGGUCCUAACAUGGUACACCUACCGAUCUGCAAUAAUCCCGAACGGGCACGAGAGGGUAGCCGCAUAUCACAAGGACACCAGUGCACGUCCAGUACCGCCUCACUCAUCAUCCACGGCACAUUCAGAAACCUCAACAUCCCCCGGCUCCGUAUCCGCCCCAACUACAAACCCCACCGCCGACUGGUCCUCCGGUACCUCCUCCCGCG